AGCAACAUAAGUUGCAGCAGCGACAGCGGCUGAAAAAGAAGAAAGGAACUUUUGCCGCCACACCAAAGCACCAAAGUCCGGUGUUUCUCGAGGAGAGCGGCUACUACACAGAAAUCCCAAUACCGGUGGACCUAACAAGCAGCAGAAGCGGCCCAGAAUUAUGUAACAACCGCACUGGCAGUGGCCUGCAAAUUUGCAAGUCAAGAGUCACUGGAGAUGUCACUCUGCGCGGAUGGACAACUCGGCGGACAGCUGAGCAAAGCGGCCGCCGCCUGGACUUCUAGGUUGUUCGGUUGUUUGGCUGUUUGGUUGUUUGGUUGUUGAACUUAAUCCCAGCAUGAUGGUGCAACAUUCGUCGAGUGUCCGUUGUCCUGGCAAGGUUGUUAUGGACGCGCACACACACACAUCGCUUGUUUGUUUGUUAUGGCAAACAUAGGCGAUUCGGGGUGGUGGAUUAAACAAAACAGCGAACCGCUAUCCCAUCAACACUUAUCCUCCACCGAACCACCGAAGAUGAUCUCGCGUCGCGACAAAUUGCUUCAGCAGCCGUGGGAGCAACUGCGGUACGCCCAGCACCGCGAGAAGGUCAUGUCCGCCCGCCCUGCCAUCGACACCCACUCGCCGCGCUCCCACCAGCAUGUGCAGCGCAAGUGGAAAAAGCAGCAGGUCGAGCGGGAGCGCCAGCAGCAGAUUGAGCGGGAGAACCUAAGACUCCUCCAGAAACUGGGUGACAUCAUGCGCACCAAGCGCAUCAACAACCUCUGGCUGGAGCCAAGGCCCAAUUUCCUUAACCGCGAGAAACUCUUUCCCACCCGUCCGUACUCCAGCCUCCCGGAAAUAGUCACCAUUUACGGAAAACAACCGCCGGGUCCGCUCAUCUACGGCAUGCUGCCCAAGCCAACUGUCGUGGGUCGGUGUCCCACCUGCAGCGGCAAUCCGGAGCGCACCGAGGUGGCCAUUCCCGAGCAGCGCACUCCUUGGGCGCCGGAGAGGAAGUCCUGGAACCGGAAGACCCAGGAGCAAGUGAAGCAGCAGCGCUGCUACCACUGCGGAUUCGUUAAGACCAGCGAGCGAAAGUUCUUCGAGGAAUUCUCCUACUCUUACUCCUACGACGAAUGAUGAAGCUCGUGGAUUGUGGGUCAAAUAAAAAUAAAUUCAAGUUUA